AUGGCAGAAUUAGAUUGCAAAAUUGUACAGGACCUGACUGCGGUGGUUCAUAUACUUCUCGAGCAGAGGCAGGGAAAAUUUCAAACCAUGUCAGACCAGAUAAUUGGCCAAAUUGAUGAUAUGAGCAGUCACAUAAGUUAUCUGGAAAAAAACAUCACUGACCUUAUGACUCAAGCAGGGAUGGAAGAAAUAGAAAGGGAAAACAAAAUACCUAUCUAUGACAUGUAA